UGUUUCAGGAAGACUUGCCUUUUAAUGUUUUUAGUUUUUUUUCCUCUUUAGGACAAUCCUGCUGUUCUUCAAGGCGCACCAUGCUGAGCGUGGAUCGAAAUAUCGUUAACGACCACAUCCCCUCAUUCAUUUCUGCCCUGUGCUCAAUGUUUGGGAGCUUCUAUUGUUUCAACAUUCAUUACCCGUCAGAGCUGGCAUCAACGCUGGAGUUUCUGCAAAGGUGUCUUUUGUGCUUGGCUUUUACCAACAUUGACAUCUGAACAUCUGAAACUAAUCUAAAGUAGCUGCUUUUUCCAGAUAGGAGACAUUUUAAUUGUAUAGGUGCUAUUUGAACAUGAUAGCUUGAAGAUAAAUGAGUGUUUCACAGUAGAUAAAGCAUUUUUAUUUAUACAGUCUUCGGUAACACUUUAAAUUAAGAUACACAUAUUAAUCAUAAACUAGCUGCUUACUAACAUGGAUAUUAGCAGUACAUUAGCCCUUUAUUAUCCAUUAUAAAUGAUUAUUACACGGGUCUUUUCAACAUUCCGUUCACUUGCAUGGGCGCUUCACAACUUCCGGCGGUCAAUUAUUUUUGGAUAAUUCAUUGGCAACGGAUGAAUAAUGACCGCUGUCAAGGUAAACAAAAGGACUUCUUGCCUUUGGUAUCACUCCGCACGUAGUCCGGUAACUUGUUAACCCCAGCGUCUUUGGUUGCUAAGCGACGCCAGCUGAUCUGAAGCCGAAAGCAACGUUGAAGGCAGGACACUAUGGCUGAGUUACCAAUUAACUCAAAUAAAAUUGGAAAAAACGGCAAAAGAGAAAAACUACAAAGAGAGGAGACAAAGUUUUGAAUGAGGGAGAAGUUGAUCAAAUAGAAGAGGAUCGACACGAAAUUAAUACUAAAAAGCACAAUAUGGGCCAUGUCAGUUUUCCAAGACUGGUUGACAGAGAAAAACAUGUCAUCAGACUUGUUAAACAAAAGUUCAGAGAAUCUAAAUAAGAUGCUACGAUCCUUUUAUCCGUCAGUGCAAAAUACAAACGGCAAGGCAUACUCAAGUGCGAGUAUAUGGCACUUAGUUCAUAUACUACGUUUUGGCAAGUAGCCAUGUAAUAAGCGGGAUAAUGGAUAAUUGCCCAGAUUUGACACUAUGAAAUCUGUCAGCUUCAAAUCGAGCAAUGAUGUGUUCAAGUCCGUAAUCAAAAACCUACAGAAAAAAGGCAAAGACACCAGCAAGCAUCACCCCCCUAUCUCAACGAAAGACCUACAGUUGCUCAUGAACUCUGAGGCGCUUUCUGUCAACACAGCUCACGGACUUGUCAGGAAGGUAUGGUUCGAUGUGCAGCUGCAUCUGGCAAGACGCGGCAGAGAGGGCAAUCGGUUCUUAACGAGUGCCUCUUUUGUUUUAAAAAAAGACGAGAAUAGCAACAAGUAUAUUUCUCUUUCACACAACGCUGAGACAAAAAAUCACAAAGAUGCCAUAGAUCCAUGCAAAGAAAACCACCAUGGCUACAUUUUCUCGGAACCUGACAACCCACAUUGCCCCGUUGCCAGUUUUAAAAAGUACAUCUCCAUUUGCCCCCACGAUGCCGAGUCAUUUUACUUGCACCCUCUCAAAAAGGACCAGCAGCUGCUUAACAAGCAGGAUGAAUGGUACUCUCGGGAGCCCAUGGGACACAAUUUCCUUGGGGAAAUGUUGCCUAAACUCAGCAAGGAAGCGGGCCUCUCCAGGAGGUAUACCAACCACAGUCUGCGCAGCACCGCUGUCCAACUGCUGUCGCAGGCUGGUCUGGAGAGUCGGGAAAUAUUGUCUGUGACAGGGCACAGAUGUGAGGACAGUCUGAGGAGCUAUUGGACUCCAUCCUUGACAGACAGGGAAAAGUGGAGCAGAGUCCUGUCCUCUCAUCCCAGCAAUAGCAGAUCUGGUGUGUCCAUGGCCCCCGAAGAAAUCAGGAAUGCAGACAGAAACAUCUCCUUCGAUAUUCCAAAAGAAGCCCCAUUCUCCUUGUCAAAUUUUACAAUUAAUGGGAAUGUACAGUUCAACAUGAAUAAAUAAAAAUAAGCACUAACAUUUUUUUUGUGGUUAUUUUUUCUUUUUGGCAAGUAGCCGUGUAAUAAGCAUGGACCUAAGGGUCCAA